AUGCCUCGUCCGGACACCGACACGACCACUGCGACCCCGGCGCUGAAGCCGGACGGACGCCAGCCGUGCCCCAGUCUCAUCUCGUGCCCUCUCAGCCAGGUCAAGGACGCGCAAGGGCUGCCGCUGGAGCUGCCGUACCAGCUACCGUUGGCGGCGGCGCAGCCCCUCUUCCCCGCGGCCGUCCAGUCCAGCCAGGCCCUCACCCCCAGCACCGACCCCAAGUUCGUGGCGGACAGCUGGAGCGAGUGCUCCGUGACGUGCGGCGAGGGACUCCGGCGGCGCAAGGUCGAGUGCAUGGUCUACCUGGAGUUCUCGCAGACGCUGGUGCGGCUGCCCAGCAGGGAGUGCGGCCGACAGGCUCCGGCCGACCUGGAGCGCUGCAUCCUGCCCGCCUGCCCGCGGCACAGCAGCAUGCUGGGUGGGCUGUCGUCAGCCUCCGACGCCAGCUUCCACCAGCCGUAUCGACAAUCUCACUCGGAGAGCAGCGACAAGACUCCCAGGCACACCUACGAAGACAAGGCGCCCAGACACACCUACGACGACAAGACGCCCAGGCACACCUACGACAUGCUGUACGACGUCAACGACCCGCCGGACCGGGUGCCGUUCUCCAGCCCCGAGCUGACGCUGCAGGACGCUGAUGCCGACGACGACGCCUUCUCCAGCCCUGAGCUGACGCUGCACGACGCCGAUGCCGACGACGACGAGCGCGAGGACGCCAGCGCCGAGUUCGAGCCGCUGGGCGGCGGACGAGCCGGGGACGAGUUCGCCAGCCCGGAGGCGGGCCCGGGCGACAUGCCGCCCACCGAGCGCCGACUGUCCGGACCGACGGCACGCCACCAGGACGGCAUCCACCGGCUGCGCUCGCACGUGCUGAGCGGCGGCCGUAACUACCAGGAUGUGGUGGGUUCGUUCGAGCUGCUGGGCGGCGGUGCACGCAGGGGCGGCGCCAGGGCCGACGCCCACGUCUGGAAGAAGGUCGGCUUCACGCCCUGCAGCUCCUCCUGUCUGGGCGGCGUACAGGAGUCGCUGGUGCAGUGCGUGAGCGUGUCCGACGGCAAGGAGGCCAGCCCGUUCCUGUGUCCACUGGACACGCGACCGGACAGCAUCACGCGCACGUGUAACGACGUGCCGUGUCCUCCGCGCUGGAACAUCACCGAAUUCUCGGCCUGCUCACGACCGUGCGGCAAAGGACUCCAGAACCGCGAGGUGCACUGCGUCCACGAGCUGGCGCGGGGCGAGGGGAACACCCUGGUGGUGGAGGAUUCCGCCUGCCCGGCGCCGCGACCGGCCGACAACCAGCUCUGCAACCUGAUCGACUGCCCUCCGGGCUGGGUGCCCGGCGAGUGGAGCCAGCAUCUUCAUCUGCACUGUGUUCGCGCUCGUGUGGCCGGCGGCGUCAAGCACCGCUGGCUGCGCUGCCAGCAGCACAUGGCCGACGGCUCGGUGGUGGACAAGGCCAAGACCCGCCCACAAGCCGGGAACCGUGCAACUUUCGUGGCCUGCCCCAAAUGGUACCAGGGCCCAUGGUCGGUGUGCUCAGUGACCUGCGGCGACACGGGUCAGCAGACGCGAGCCGUGUUCUGUCGGGACGCUCGCGGCCACCUCAGCGACCACUGCGACCCGGCGCUGAAGCCGGACGGACGCCAGCCGUGCCCCAGUCUCAUCUCGUGCCCUCUCAGCCAGGUCAAGGACGCGCAAGGGCUGCCGCUGGAGCUGCCGUACCAGCUACCGUUGGCGGCGGCGCAGCCCCUCUUCCCCGCGGCCGUCCAGUCCAGCCAGGCCCUCACCCCCAGCACCGACCCCAAGUUCGUGGCGGACAGCUGGAGCGAGUGCUCCGUGACGUGCGGCGAGGGACUCCGGCGGCGCAAGGUCGAGUGCAUGGUCUACCUGGAGUUCUCGCAGACGCUGGUGCGGCUGCCCAGCAGGGAGUGCGGCCGACAGGCUCCGGCCGACCUGGAGCGCUGCAUCCUGCCCGCCUGCCCGCGGCACAGCAGCAUGCUGGGUGGGCUGUCGUCAGCCUCCGACGCCAGCUUCCACCAGCCGUAUCGACAAUCUCACUCGGAGAGCAGCGACAAGACUCCCAGGCACACCUACGAAGACAAGGCGCCCAGACACACCUACGACGACAAGACGCCCAGGCACACCUACGACAUGCUGUACGACGUCAACGACCCGCCGGACCGGGUGCCGUUCUCCAGCCCCGAGCUGACGCUGCAGGACGCUGAUGCCGACGACGACGCCUUCUCCAGCCCUGAGCUGACGCUGCACGACGCCGAUGCCGACGACGACGAGCGCGAGGACGCCAGCGCCGAGUUCGAGCCGCUGGGCGGCGGACGAGCCGGGGACGAGUUCGCCAGCCCGGAGGCGGGCCCGGGCGACAUGCCGCCCACCGAGCGCCGACUGUCCGGACCGACGGCACGCCACCAGGACGGCAUCCACCGGCUGCGCUCGCACGUGCUGAGCGGCGGCCGUAACUACCAGGAUGUGGUGGGUUCGUUCGAGCUGCUGGGCGGCGGUGCACGCAGGGGCGGCGCCAGGGCCGACGCCGUGAGCGGCGUGGUGGUCAUCCGGCCUCCCGAGCCGGCGCCGCUGCCGCCGUCCAUGCCGCAGCACGUCUGGAAGAAGGUCGGCUUCACGCCCUGCAGCUCCUCCUGCCUGGGCGGCGUACAGGAGUCGCUGGUGCAGUGCGUGAGCGUGUCCGACGGCAAGGAGGCCAGCCCGUUCCUGUGUCCACUGGACACGCGACCGGACAGCAUCACGCGCACGUGUAACGACGUGCCGUGUCCUCCGCGCUGGAACAUCACCGAAUUCUCGGCCUGCUCACGACCGUGCGGCAAAGGACUCCAGAACCGCGAGGUGCACUGCGUCCACGAGCUGGCGCGGGGCGAGGGGAACACCCUGGUGGUGGAGGAUUCCGCAUGCCCGGCGCCGCGACCGGCCGACAACCAGCUCUGCAACCUGAUCGACUGCCCUCCGGGCUGGGUGCCCGGCGAGUGGAGCCAGUGUUCGCGCUCGUGUGGCGGCGGCGUCAAGCACCGCUGGCUGCGCUGCCAGCAGCACAUGGCCGACGGCUCGGUGGUGGACAAGGGCCCGUCGAUGUGCACUGCCUCCCGGCCGGCCGACCACCGCAGCUGCAACAGCCGCCGCUGCCACGGUCCGCAGAUCAUCACCUCCAACCAGUCGUACGAGCAGGAGACGAUCCAGCGGCGAGUGACGCUCAAGAUUGGCGGCACGGCCUCCGUCUUCAAGGGCACCACCGUCCGGCUCAAGUGUCCCGUCAAGCAGUUCGACAGGAGCAAGAUCGUUUGGACCAAGGACGGCAGUCGGCUGGCCGGCGGGCGAAAGUACCGCCUGAAGGCCAACGGCCAGGUCAACGUACGUCAGGUGGAAUUCAGGGAUGCCGGCCGUUACACCUGCAUCGCCGGCAGCGCCAUGGCCUCGCUGGAGCUCUCGAUCAGGCCGAGUCCGAUCGGCGAGCUGCCCUGGAUCACCGAGCGCCGCCUCCGCAAGCAGCGCAAGAAGAAGCAGCGCGAGGAGCGUCUCAGAAGGAAGCAGCGCCGUCGGAAGCAGAAGGCCGAGGCCGCCUCUACGGAGCGAUCACGUACCAAAAACGGGAAAAACAACCAGAAGGAGCUGUCCAAUACCAUCGACGACACGCAGUCUCAGCAGUACCGGCCGGGUCCGGUGGCGCCGCCGGACGGCGACCCCUCCAACUCACUGCGCGACCUGCAGAUCAACUUCCCGGCCGACCAGCAGCGCACGGACGUGGACCAGCCAAAGCGGGGACAGACGACCUCACGUGACCUUGAACUCAAGGUCAGGGGUCCGGUCGCGUCGUCGGCCGCCCGGCUCGAGCCGCAUUUUCAGCGCCUUGUGUCAGGUCUCAAGGGCAUCGUGCUGGGCGACAACCGCGGACGGUUUCGCUCGCGCUUCGGCCGCACCACCACCACCACCACCACAACCACCUCGACCACCACCAGCACCCGAGCCCCCACCACCAGCACCGCCUCCGCCACCGCCGCCGCGGAGUCAGCUGAGGGCGGCGCCACUGCUGCCGGCCGCACACCACCAGUGUCGGGGCCGCCCACAGUGUCCGCGGCCGACACGGAGGCCCCAUCAGCCGAGGAGGACCGCAACAGCGAGCCGGAGUCCGAGACGGAGUCGGCGCCGGCGUCGGCCUCUGGAUCGGAGGGUCGGCUGGGCUACGGGAGCGGCACGCAGGUGGAGAUGCUGGGAAAGGUGCGGUCUGCUCCUGGAACCCUACCGUCGCUAGGUGACAGGUCGGACGUGCGGUUCGAGUGGCUCAUCACGGACUGGUCGCCGUGCUCGCAAACCUGCGGCGGCCAGGGCUUCGAGCUGCGGGCCACCCAGUGCCUGGUGCGCGUGCGGAACACCACCCGGCUGGUGGCGGCGCCGCUCUGUCACGAUGCCGGUCUGGCCAGUCCGGUGGCUGUGCGGCCCUGCGGCCAGAUGCUGUGCCCCGUGUGGCACGCCCACACCUGGCGGCCGUGCCGCCGCGCCCGCUGCGUCCAGUGGAACUACGCCAUGCAGCGACGCAAGGUCAGCUGCCGGCUUCCGAACGGCACGACGGUGGAGAGCUCGCUGUGCGACCGCCACCAGCGGCCGGCCUCUCGCCAGGAGUGCUACAACGACAUGUGCAAGGGCUCGUGGCGCGUCGAGCCCUGGUCGGCCUGCUCGGCCCAGUGCGGCCGCGCCGGCUAUCAGUCCCGCAUCCUACGCUGCGUCUGGUACGGCACGCGCCGGCCGGCUGGCAACACGUGCCGCGACCAGCCGCGCCCCACCGUCGUCAAGCCCUGCCUCGGAGCGCCCUGCCCGCCGCUGCAAACGUCUUCAGAAGAGAUUUCACCCGAUCUGUCGCAUGACGAGGCCGUUGAUGGAGCCGGCUGCCGGGACCGCGCCAACUACUGCUCGCGCGCGCGCCAGCUGACGCUCUGCUCGAUGCAGCGGAUCAGGAGCGACUGCUGCCGCACGUGCCGGGACGUCGGCUGAGA